GAUUCAAUCCAUUUUACAGAUAGUCUCUAUCACACAAUAAAUUCGAUUAUUCCUCGACGACGAUGAUCGGAAGUAUGCUGUUAAGUCACCGGAUAAGCCUAUUUAACCGCCAUCCACGGCCGCCAGUUCCUCGGUGCUCACUUAGCAAACAAGGCCAGCGCUUUAUCUCCACCGUUAUUGCUACCGACUCCGAUAAUAUCUCCGCUACUCACCGCUUGCUCCGCAAAUUCGUAGCUUCAUCUUCCAAACACGUGGCUCUCAGUACUCUAUCGCACCUUCUGUCUCCGAAUAACUUGAACCAUCGCCUCUCUUCUCUUGCCCUCCCCUUGUAUUUGGAAAUCAGUGAAGCGUCAUGGUUUGAUUGGAACUCGAAACUAGUGGCGGAUUUGGUUGCAUUGCUUUACAAGCUAGAGAGAUUUGAUGAAGCUGAAAUCCUAGUUACUGAAACAGUAUCUAAAUUGGGAAGCCGAGAACGAGAUUUGUGUAGUUUCUACUGUCAAUUAGUCCAUUCACAAUCUAAGCACAAUUCGGAGAGAGGAGUUUUGGAUUUUUGUACGAAAUUGAAGCUGGUUCUCUUGUGUUCGUCGUCUGUUUAUUUGAAGCAACGAGGGUAUGCCUCAAUGGUUGAUGCAUUUUGUUCUAUUGGAUUACCGCGUGAAGCUGAGGCAUUGAUGGAAGAGAUGAAGGAAUUAGGAUUGAAAUUGUCGAAGUUUGAAUUUAGGGCUCUAGUUUAUUCAUAUGGACAAUCAGGAUACUUUGGAGAUAUGAAAAGGAUUGUAGUUGAAAUGGAGAGUAUGGGAUUUCAAUUAGAUACAGUUAGCUCAAAUAUGGUGCUUAAUUCAUUUGGAUCUCACAACGAGCUUUCAGAAGUGGUUUCUUGGCUCCAAAAAAUUGAAGCUUCAGGUGUUCCAUUUUCAAUUAGGACUUACAAUUCGGUGUUGAAUUCGUGCCCCACGAUUAGUUUAAUGCUGCAAGAUCCGAAGAGUGUCCCUCUUUCUCUGGAAGAGUUAAUGGGCAAUCUGGAUGAGAAUGAAGCAGCUUUGGUGAAGAUAUUGGUUGGAUCAUCGGUUUUGGAGGAGACAAUGCAGUGGAAGCCUUCGGAGUUGAAGCUGGACUUGCAUGGGAUGCAUUUGAGCUCUGCUUAUGUGAUAAUAUUACAAUGGUUUCAUCAGCUUCAAUGCAAGCUUCUUGCUGAAAAUCGUGUUAUUCCAGCUGAAAUCACAGUGGUGUGUGGAGCAGGAAAACACAGCGUUGUUAGAGGAGAAUCCCCUGUGAAAGGGUUGAUCAAGGAAAUACUGCUGCGGGCUGGAUGUCCACUCAGGAUUGAUAGGAAGAACGUUGGAUGUUUCAUUGCUAAGGGAAAAGGUUUCAUGGAGUGGUUAGCAAAUUAUAAUGCCACUAUACAUGAAAGGAUAUCCUGACAGCCACAAGUCUAGACGAUUAAUCAAUGUUUAAUGAAGAAAGAUGAUAUCACGAGAGAGUACAAGAAGAAGCAGAAGAUGUUGAAUUGGAUUGAUCCCUGUCAAUCCAGUUGAUUAUGAUUGACAGUAGAAACAUGAUCAUCGGGUAUCCUCAAACAUGCAUUUUUCUGUUAGAAUCAGUGAGAACGCUGAUAAGAGAAAGGUAAAUCUUCAUUAAUUGUUGAAGCAUGCUGCUUUCUAUUGAACAAUCAUCCUCAGCUAUUGAAGCAUCUAAAAUUUUGCUGAAUAUCGUGAGCUGUUCUAGCAUUUAAUAUUUGGUUAUUGGCCUAAUUAGCUGUGUUUCACAAUUGCAAAACUCAUGCAUAGAAGUCCAACAUACAAAUCGAGCUGCAUAAGCAGUUCAAUGCAGCAUAGAAGUAGGCAAUAGCAGCGAUUUGCACCCAAAAUGGAGAACCAAUUGUUGCAAGAUAUCCUGUGUAAGCAAUAUAUGAAGUCAUUACUCUUGCAGGCUUUAUGAGCAAAUUCUUAAAGAUCAAGGUCCUUGUUUGGGUGAUUAUUCAUAAUAGUGGAAGACAAACAUGAGGCAAAACUUAUUUGCAGCAUAGAUUGCUCUACCUAACCAAUCACAUUACAAUGUCUACUGCUCUGUGGAGAACAUUGGGUAGCAAAAACAUUGUCAUUCUGUCUCGUAAUGGUAUUCAAAAAACUGUCAAUAA